UCAUCGCGGCUGUGGGUCAUAGGGGAGUGACGUCACGUCCAUAGCGACACAAUGAGCCAGCGUUGUAAAUAACACUUGUUUCUGUAUUUCACAGCAUAAUUUAGUUUCUUUCACUGCGGUGUUGACGAGACGCUUAUAUUCUGGCUCCAAGAAACAAACCAACUAAGGAGCCAACAACAAAGAAUAUAAUCUUUUAUUGUUGUGAGUCUGCAGCAUCAUCUGGCUGCUAGCUAAGCUGCUAUUUAUAGACCCGUUCAACCAGCUGCAUUAUCAUGGACUUUCCUUUUGAUAUCAAUCAGUUGUUUUCUGAGAGGAUCUCUGUUUUGGACCAGAAUCUCGUUGCGAGCUGGAGAUCAACCGGAAGCCCGGACCUUCAGUCUCACAUCGCCACAGUCAUUGAUGAACUUGGGAUUGCCUCAGCGAAGGCUCAACAACUCACAGCACCCAUAACAAGUGCCUCCAAACUGCAGUCCCAGGACCACCAGGUGUACCUGCUGAAGGACCGACAGAGCUGCGGAGCUCGUGGUGUGGCCGUGGGAUUUUUGAAAGUUGGGUUCAAGAAGUUAUUUCUGCUUAAUCAACAAGGUGUGCACAUAGAGGCUGAGCCGCUGUGUGUUUUGGAUUUCUAUGUAGCAGAAAACUUGCAGCGACAUGGCUACGGGCUGGAGUUGUUUAAUUUCAUGCUUCAGCACAAGAAUGUAGAGCCAGUAGAGAUGGCAUAUGACCGGCCCUCACCAAAACUCCUGGCUUUCCUGGCUAAACACUACAGCUUGAUGCAAAGCGUUCCUCAGGUCAAUAACUUUGUUGUGUUUGAGGGCUUCUUCCUGAACAGAACAGCGGUCCAGUUGAGAAAGGCUCCCUAUAAAAAGCCAGAUGGAGAGAUUAAACCUUACUCUUUGAUGGAGCGAGAAGUGGUGCAUCAAGAACAGAGAACUCUUCCUUGGCCUUUUGCUCAGCCUCAGUCCCCUCAGCGGUUAGUAUCUUCCCAACGCUCCCACUCUGUCAGCGUGGGCUCGUCCCCCAGCAGGGUGCUGCCUCCGUCAUCCUCCCCUGGGAGCAGCAGGGAGCAGAGUGUACAGCUGCCCCACAUAGAGCGCUGCAGGACGAGACGCAGCAACCAACAGGGUUUAGCUGCCAGAUCCAGUCUGUACAGCAGGCACAUGGACAGCAGGACGUUGGGACUGCUGGACUUGUCAGGUGUGAGACCAGUGGGACGUGAGACGUUCAGGUGGGCCGGUGUUCACACACCACAAAGCAGGUUUCAACCACUCGGCCUUCCAUCUCUGCUUGUGUCUAAGAAUGGUGCCAACAACCAUACCACCAUAGACGGUAAAGGAGAUCCAGGUUCAGCUGCUGGAUCCUGUGAUGCUACAGAAGAAAUCACGUUGAUGGUACAUCAGCAAAGUUCAGCACAUGACAACCAACAGCCUCUGAAGAAAGAGGGUGCCAGAAACCAUCAGGAUUGGUCGUGGGUCGUCGGGUCCAACUGUUCCACUGCUCUGUGUGUGAAACAGAAGCAGGGAUAUAGAAGCACUCGCCCCUGGUGACCAGGAGCCACCUCAUUGGUUUGGUUUGAUUAGACUGAUGCUAGAAGUCAUCUAUGGAGCUGUUUUUGCUUCAGGAGCAACACCACAUCAAGAAAAGCCAGGAAGAUGUUGGUCAAGAAUGAAGCCCUUUUAUUGACCCUAGUCAGUGUUACAGUUCCAGAACUUUUUAUGUACUUGUUGGAUCUAGUUGCAAAGAUAUGAAUUUUCCUUCUCUAGAAGCUGGAAAUAUUUCCAUAUAUUGUGUCUCAAUAGUUCAAGGUUUUGGUCUCGAUUUUAGACAUCAACAAAAAAUUAACAAGACAAUGCUGUAGGGGUCUUUUAAAGAACUUGUUGAUGACUGAGGGGUCUGGAGGUAACAGUCAGUGUUUUGGUCAUUGCUAUAGAGCACUUUAGCAAUAUUAUACAUUGUCUAUACUAUGGCUGUGGAACAAAUUUGAAUGGUGGUUCCUUAAGGUGUUGUACGGUCUUUGUUCCACCAAAAAAGGUGUGGUUUUUCCUUUAAACGUUUCCAGACGCUACCUGGGGACUUUUAUUUUGAAAACUAGGGUGUCAGACAACUACCUCAGAUUCUUAUCUUAGUUUGACACCCUUACAUUAAAAAAUGUUGAAAGGCUUUUAAGGAAUUUCAGGGCCGACUGUUAGACAUGGAGUUGUGGAUCAGUGGUGAACAAACUGCUCAAAGAUACUCGUGAUAAGAGCUGAUGGUGUCAGAACAACUCUGCAGGUACAAUACAACACUACCUUCUUCUGAACCAAAUACAAAAAAAACACACACACACACACACAAUGAAAGACGAACUGUGCCAAAGCUGCUUCCUUCCUCAUAAAACUGGAAAAGAUUUUCUAACCACAAACUUGCAUCAGAAACUAUUUUCUAUUCAAGACCAGCCCACAUUGUAACUUCUCAAGCAUGAAGAACUGCCGUUAUCAGAUUUUAACAUCUGUACCUGAAUGUAACACUUUGCUGACUCCUUUUUUUUUUCUCGAGCUGAGCUGUUCUGGUGUGUUAAAUAGAAAAUUCAAAAAAGCCAUUCCUAUCUUCCUGUAUGUAUUUUGCAGUUAAGAUUCAGUAAAGUUAUGUCGGAUGUCUUCA